AUGGAGGAUCAUGAUCCUGACCAAAAGCGCCGCAGAGCAAUCAAUCCCUCAUACCCAUUUGUCGAUCAGGCCGAAUGGCAGCUAGCAGAAUUCAUUGUGCAGCAGCUGAACAAAACGGAUGUUAACAAGUUUCUGAAAUUAGACUGGAAUGCAGAUCAGUUAUUUGGGUGGAUUGAUGUGUUGCCGAGUGGGCCAGAGUGGCAAUCAAUGACAUUCGAAUUUAUCGACUACAAAACUGCAUGGCCGAUGGAACUCAUCUGGCACGACGGUCUAGAAGUCAUCAAAGAUCUAUUCGACAAACCCAAUUUUUUCCAAUCACAUGAUGUACGAUCCCCACCUCAGUUAUGA